GACUGACCUGGGGGGGCGUUCUCCAGUCGUGGUCAAGAUGGUUCCAGCCAAAGCGUAUCUCAUGCUCACCUUGGUCGUACUGGUAUACGGCACUAUCCUGUAUCAUCAUACCCGCUGGACUUUCUGGAACUAUCGCGCUGGCCGUGUGCGCCUGCUGCUCACGAUACACUCCCUUUCGGGGCUUUCCGAAGUGGGACUCUUCCACCUCCGCCCAUUCCUCACCAUCCCCAGCCCGGCACUACAUACAUCCCUCGCACUCCUGCAAGCCCUCACUCUCCUUUCCCUCGUCCGCACGCUUAGGCGCGGCUUACCCCUCCUCACCCGUCCAUCCUACCAAGCCGGCGGAAUCCUGCGUCUCGUCCUCCUUUUCCUUCCGCAGCCCUAUCCCAGCGCCGGCCUCCAGCUGGUGCACGGGUUCGCUUUCACCCGGCUCUUCAUCUGGAUGUUCCAGACCACCGGGGUUGUAAGAGGUGGGAGGGAGGUGUACGCGUUUGCGGUGUUUGGCGCUGGGUUGCUGGUGUGUGCUGGAGGAGGCCGGGAACUGGGACUGGCUUAUGCUGCUUUGGUUGGCUUAAUCGCGGCGUUGAAUAGGUGGACGACGGCACAGCUGGCGCAUGAUCGGAUGCAUUCGGACUUUGUGCGCGCGCUCCUGCAGGUACUUGUCUUCCUGGGGUUUGCGGAAUUGGAGACAGUGCGGUUGUAUGACUCUGGCUUGCUAUUAGGCCAGACAUCCAGCGACAACCAGGGUCGGUCAAAAGUGUCGGACGAGAUGGAGGAGGACGAUUUCUGCCUGCCUGAGCAGCCUCAGACAGACGACGCGCCUGAACCGACAGAGGCCGAGGGAGCCAGUGGGCUGAAGCGGAUGAGUGUGCUUACCCCGCCCGGGUCACCCGGCGGAGUAUCUAGAAAAAAACCAGCUUUGAAGAGUUAAUUCACCAACGCGGAGGUCUCGCUGCGGUGAAAGAGGUGCAAUGGAUGGACGAUUUCAAC